AUGCUGCUCAGAGGAUUAGGAGCCUGUGCUGAGCGUGCCUCGAAGCCGCGCACGACAAACGUGGAUCGAAUUUCGAAGACCACCGAGGAAUUGUUGGAAAGAAGAAGGCUUGAUCUGAAUGCAUCGCACAUUGAGCGGUUAGUAGCAAACACUAGCUGCAGAAAAGCGUUGCAGGAGGAUCUUUUGAAAUACAGGCAGAAGAAGAUUCUGGAAGCAGCACAAAAAAGAACGAGUCUAAAGAAGUGCCGCAGUGAUCUCCGCGAAUAUAAUAUUCCGCUAGCAACCUUGCUAAGCGAAGACGGGACUCGCACGUCUUCUCGUCGUGAGAUGGAAAUCAUUACGGAGAGGUUCUACUCGACUCUUUUCCGUUCAUCAACUCCUCUGGAACUACGAGUCGCUAUCAAGAGCAUGAAAUCUGGCACAGCCCCCGGACCUAAUUUUAUACCAACACACUUUCUUCGGGCUGGUGGUCAUCCACUUUAUGUAAUCUUAGCAGUGCACAUGACGUCUUGCCUUCAGAAAGAAGGGAACCUAGCCCAGUGA